AUGCCGGAGGCAGCGAAGCCCAGCACCACGCACGCUGAAAUCGAAGCCGCACCCUCAGCUCAAGUCCAGGACGGAGAAACAGUGUGGACGAAUGUUGGUACCACCCUUUCUGCAGACGCAAUAAGGCCCAGGGAAACGAAUAGACCGACAGGCAGCGGCGACGAUCCCUGUCGGUACUCUUUCCACACAGUCGUCUCUUUACCACUCUCUUUACCCGGCCAAUAUUUCGACGACACCAUACCCAACCUAACCACUGCAAGUCCUUUCACUCAGGAACUUCGCCAUAAAAUGGCCCAACUGAAGUAUACACCACCCAGGCAAUCAUCACCAACUAUCCACGUUCCACAACAGCUUCAGGACUGCGAGUUCAUUUUUGUCCGAAAUGACGCGGUAAAGAAACCACUAACACCAACAUACCAGGGUCCAUUCAAAGUUUUAAAACGCUCUGAGAAGCAUCUCACCAUUGAUCGAGGAAGCCGGACGGACACCAUCUCUAUCGACAGAGUCAAACCAGCUUUUCUGGAAAAAUCUCCACGGGAGGCAGAACCCGUCUCAACACACCCAGAACCCUCACCUGCCUCAACAACCACGCAAUCGCAACCAUCACAACCGAGGUCAGAGCCAAUCCCAGAAUCACCCGUCACUCCACCUAGGCAGAUCCGUCUUGGAAGGAAACUCACUCCUGCAGCUUCCAGCACUCCUGCAGCAUCCAGCUCACCCCAACAGCUUCCAGCGGCCUCCAGCUCACCCCUGCGGCACUCUACUGACAUCCCGCUACCUAUUCCAGUGCCCACUGACGUCCUAAUCCAGUGCCCACUGACGUCCAGUGCCCGUUAUCGUCCGGACACCGUUCCCGAACAAACGACCUCUGUCGUCUUACCAUCCACCGUUUGCAAAUAA